GAAAGAGAAAAGGGAGGGAAAAAGAAAGAAAGAGAAGGAACAGAAGAAUGAAAACAGACCCAAUGGGCAAUAGUCCCUCGAGCCAUCUCACUGCAUUACAAUGAAUAUGGACUCUAUUAAGCUCCGUUCUGCCUGUUAGCGUUUCCCAGGGCAACACAGCUCCCAUAUGGCAAGCAUGCAGCAGAUUAGGGAAGGCCUCUAGGCCUCAUUGAAGACCUGAGGCUUGACUGGCAGUUGAACUCCCUCCCCGCUUCUCCUCACACUUGACACUGCCUGUGUUUAUCUAAAGCGGGGUGGGGGGGUGCAUUUGGAAGGUUAUUGUCCAGGGCAAUGAGAGAUAGGAGAGGGGAAUAACUGAGCCAGGCUGGGAAGGAAGAAGGAAUGGGAAGAAUGGGAGGGAGUAGGGUGGCUUGGCUAAAGUAGGAAAGGAGGGAGGUGAGAUGGAGUAAAAGGGGAUAGGAAAGGGAGAAGGUUGGAAGGGGGGUGGCAAACACUUCAUAAAUAUUCAGGAAGGAUAUUGAAUAGGGAGAGGAGAAAUAAAGCAGAUGGAAUUCAUGUUAAAAAGCAGCCACAAUCGCCCUCCAAAAACAAGAAAAGAAAAGAGAACUCCUUUAAAGGAGCAUAGGGAGCAACGUUUAUCCAAUUAGCAGGGUUGUCAAAUUGAAUUUAUACAGAAUUGAAGGGGGGAGAGGAGUGAAAAUUAAGUGUGUGGGGUUGUGGGGGGAGCGAGCAAUACAUAGAAGAAAGGAAGUGGGGGUCCCCCCCCUUUUCUUCCUUACCACUUUAGCAAGUAGAUCUUAUCCUUUCUAGGACAGAGGCUAUUUCCAGAGUGUGUGGGAGGCAAGCCGUGCAAGGGGGAAAGUGAAUAUUCCAUUUUAGUGUGAUGUCCUCUCUUUGAAUAGAAGGGGUUUGAAGCAUUACAGAAUAAUACUAGCAUUGUUGUUGAUUAAGGCCUGUUUGAAUCUGGAGUGUACCAUAUUGAAUUUGGGGCCAGUAUAUUAAGUAUAAUAGAUGACCAGUCGAGGGAAUGAAGUCUCCUAUAUAAAGAAUUGUGACAAGGCAACCUUCCUUCAUAUGGCUGCACAGUUUUCUGGGCUGCAAGAGAGAAUUCAUGUGCCAUGAGUCCUUAUUCUGCCAAUGGGGGCACUAAUAGUAGAGUGAGAUGGUGGUUCUUAGAUUGUGGACACUUUAAAAAAACGUUAGUGAAUUGAGGACAUACUUCAUGUAAACCAUAAUUUGAAGUGUAAUGUGAAUGGCUGUACAUACAGUAUAGACCCCUUGAUGGACCUUAAGGCUGGCUCUCUCUCUCGCUCUCUCUCUCUCUCUCCAGUUGUGUUUCAUUCAUGUUAUUUUUCCUCACACAUUUAGUUUGUUUAUUAUAUUUGUGUCCAACUUUUUAAAAGGCUUAAGGCUCAACAAUAAUAAAAAUAUACAUUCAACAUCUAUCAACAAAAUACAGAGAAAACCAAAAUGGAUUUCUAUCUAAAAUUAAGUGAUAGAAAUCAAUGCAGCAAAUAACUUAUAAAUUAAAAGCAGCUUCAAGUUGUUUGUCAACUUUCCAGAUAAUAAAAGCAAUAAUUAUUAAUUGGUUUUUUUUACAAUGAAAUGCCUACCGGUUAGGUCUCAGAUAGGUUUCUUCAAAAAGAACAUUCCAUAUUCCUGGGGAUUCUACCAAGAAGGCCUCAUAUUGUCUACUGAGAGUCUCACCUCAUUGGAACAAACUUUCAGUAGGACCCCACAAGCUGAUCUUAAUGGGGAUUUCCUACUUCUUUAUACCACUAUUGUGUGUCUGUUUCAAAUACAUGACCUGUCUUCAACAUGGUGCCCUAGGAAGUUGAACUCCUAUCAGUAAGUCUUUUGGGGCAGCUUAUGGGAGCCCCACCUGGUUUCUUUUGCCUGAGACUCCUCUGCAUGGGAUGACAAUGAGAUCAGGGAGGAAAAGACCAAUGACUGCUAUUGCCUGUUUGUUCUUAGCAUCUGCUGGUUGUGUUGCAAAUCUGGGUGCAUCUCUUCAAGUCACUGUCCAGCCUUCUUCUACUGUCCAGAAGUAUGGUGGGUUGGUGAGUUUGGUAUGUGUGGUUGAACCACUGGCAGUAAAUGUUACCUGGAGACUGAAUGGAAAGGAACUGCCUCAGUUGGAUGAUGUUCUGGGGAUCCACAUUGAUCAGAGAUUGCUUACCAUCACUGCCUUAAACAACCACACAGUGGGCCGGUACCAGUGCAUAGCCCGCAUGCCUGAAGGUGUUGUUGCCAGCGUCCCUGCCAUGGUGACUUUAGCCAAUCUCAAAGACUUCAAAUACGAUGGCCAGCAUGUGAUAGAAGUUGAUGAGGGAAAUACAGCUGUGAUUGCCUGUGAUCUUCCUGAAAGUCAUCCAAAGGCCCAGGUUCGCUACAGUGUGAAACAAGAAUGGCUGGAGGCCUCCAGAGACAACUACCUGAUCAUGCCCUCUGGGAAUCUUCAGAUAGUUAAUGCCAGCCAGGAGGAUGAGGGAACUUACAAAUGUGCAGCAUACAACCCUGUCACCCAGGAAGUGAAGACAUCUGUAUCUAGUGAGAGGCUGCGUGUGAGACGCUCAACAGCUGAGGCAGCUCGCAUAAUCUAUCCCCCAGAUGCUCAGACCAUAAUUGUCACUAAGGGCCAAACCCUCAUCCUAGAAUGUGUGGCUAGUGGGAUUCCACCUCCCCGUGUCACAUGGGCUAAGGAUGGCUUUAAUGUCUCUGGCUACAAUAAGACUCAAUUCCUUCUCAGCAAUCUCCUGAUUGAUACAAUUGGUGAGGAAGACUCAGGGACCUACAGCUGUAUGGCUGACAAUGGAGUGGGUGAGGCUGGAGCAGCAUUCAUACUCUACAACGUUCAAGUGUUUGAACCUCCAGAGGUUCGCAUGGAACUAUCCCAGCAGAUCAUCACAUGGGGUCAGAGUGCAAAGUUCACUUGCAAGGUUCGAGGAAAUCCCCAGCCAACAGUUGUGUGGCUCCGCAAUGCAGUUCCUCUCUUCUCUAGCCAUCGAAUGCAGCUCUCACGCAAGGCCCUACGGCUCUCCAGUGUGGGGCCGGAGGAUGAGGGGAUAUACCAAUGCAUGGCAGAGAAUGAAGUUGGGAGUGCACAGGCUAUGGUACAGCUGAGAACGACUCGACCUGAAACAACUCUGAAGCCACAGCGAGGCUCCGCUGCACACUCAGCUCAGGCUGCCAUGUCACCUACCAGACUAAGCAGCAGUGAAAAAACUGGGAAAGACAAGACUAUGCUGCUACGGCCCCGGCCCACCACACCAGCAGUGUCUGUCCAGUGCACGACCAAAGGACUGGUGUCUCCAGCUGAGGCCCCUGUCGUCCUUAGCUCUACCCGGACAACUAAAACAGAUUCCUAUGAUUUAGUGUGGAAACCGCGGCACGAUGGCCGAGCCUCUGUCCUCUACUAUCUUGUAAAACAUCGCAAGGUAAUGAAUUCUUCAGAUAACUGGACAGUCAGGAAUGUUCCUGCCAGCCAGCAUCGUCUGACUCUAACAAAACUGGAUCCAGGAAGUUUGUAUGAGGUGGAAAUGGCUGGUUACAACUGUGCUGGAGAGGGCCAGACAGCCAUGGUGACCUUCAGAACUGGACGACGACCAAAACCAGAUAUUGUUGCCAGUAAAGAGCAGCAGAUUCAGAAGGAUGACCCAGGCACUAGCACUCGGAGCAGCAACCAAUCAGACAACACUCGCCUAUCCCCUCCAGAAGCACCAGAUCGUCCCACUAUAUCGAUGGCAUCUGAGACAUCUGUCUAUGUGACUUGGAUCCCCCGUGGGAAUGGCGGGUUUCCCAUUCAGUCAUUCCGAGUAGAACAUAAGAAACUGAAGAAGCUGGGGGACUGGGUGCCAGCUGAAAGUGACAUUCCUCCUUCUCGUCUCUCUGUGGAAAUUUCUGGACUAGAGAAAGGCAUGUCCUACAAAUUUCGGGUGCGAGCAUCGAACAUACUGGGGGAGAGUGAACCGAGUGCUGCAUCUAAACCAUAUGUAGUAUCAGGCUACGGCAAUCGUGCUUAUGAGCGUCCCGUUACAGGCCCAUACAUCACCUUCACUGACGCCAUCAAUGAGACAACCAUCAUGCUGAAAUGGAUGUACGUCCCAGCCAGCAAUAACAAUACCCCAAUUCAUGGUUUUUACAUCUAUUAUCGACCAACUGAUUGCGAUAAUGACAGUGAUUACAAGAAGGAUAUGGUAGAAGGUGACCGAUACUGGCAUUCUAUCAGCCACCUACAGCCAGAGACUUCAUAUGACAUUAAAAUGCAGUGCUUCAAUGAAGGUGGAGAGAGUGAAUUCAGUAAUGUGAUGAUGUGUGAAACCAAAGCUCGUAAAUCUGCAGGACUUCCUGGUCGCCUCCCACCACCCACGGUAUCCCCACAACAGUAUCCACCACACAACAGUGGCCAUAAUGCCCUUGGGGCAGGGGCCAUGGUGGCCCGCUCCAGUGAUCUGCCAUACUUGAUUGUAGGGGUGGUGCUGGGAUCUAUUGUUCUCAUCAUUGUGGCUUUCAUCCCAUUUUGCCUUUGGAGGGCUUGGUCUAAGCAAAAGCAAACCAUAGAUCUCGGCUUCCCUGGAGCAGGGCUGCUGGUGUCGUCUUGCCAGUACACCAUGGUACCUCUGCGAGGGGUCUCCACACCUCGAGCCAACGGGAUGCGUUAUGCAAAUGGUGUGCAUCUGCCAACACACCAGGGUGCCAAUGGGCAUUUCCCCUCAGCUACAAUAGGAUAUCCUGGUGCAAAGCCACAGGAUUACAGCCCAGAUGAAGUCCAUCAGCAGAAUGAGACCAAUGGUUUUCUGCAAAGGAGAGUGCUGCAAAAUGGAAAUAUUCCAGCUGAACACCAAAGGUCACCCAGUCCUGGACCAGAACACCGUUCUUUUCUCUAUGAACUUCCUGAUGACUCUACACACCAGCUGCUUCAGGCCCAUGACAACUGUCUCCAUCAUCAUCAUGAACAACUCCUUGGCAUGUGUCACUCAGUGUCACAAAGCAAGAUGAGCAGCUCCACAAUGGAAGUCAUGAAGGAUCCUGUCUUCCAUACAGAUUCCACUGGCUGCCUUGGUCUGGCGCCAGUUGAAGAUGUAGAGAGGCCAGACUUCUGCCAGGAGAGAAGACAAGGGGACCCUCCAAAUCCAGUGGACACUUGUUUGGGACAAAGCUCAGAGAAGCAUCUGGACCGCCUGCCCCUGCAUAUUCCCUUAGAAACUCUUCCCAGCACCAGUUAGGGAACAAACUGCCUUACAGAGACUAUUGUUCUAAACAGAGAAAUAGCUAUUUAUUUUUGUAUUACAUCUCUAUUUAUAUAUUUAUGCACUUGUAAAUAGAGCUGAACGUGCCUUCUGUAAUUGCAUUGAGAGAAAAGGCAUCGUGUGUAAGAGUCCAGGAGGGGAUAAUCAGGAGCUGGGGCAACGGCAUGUGCCUUUGUCAGAUCACAUAAAAGGCAACUUCUGCUCUGCUUCUGAGAAGGCACCAGGGCUGUCUCCCAGCAACAGGAUAAGCACAAGGCCAGGAGCCACAUUCUUCAGGCGCAAGAAGGCGUUGUCUCUCAAGGACCAGACACCAGAAAAGUGUUGUUUUUUUCUCUCCCACUAGGAGGAAUCUCACUGCAGAUGCUGAAUGAAACAGUUAUAAAGUAGGUACAGUACUUCUCUGCAUUAACAAGCAAUAUACACAUGCACAGAUUCUGUGGUAGUGUGCCUGUAAUUAAACAAAUGCCAUGCUUCAUCAACUAAA